AAAAAGCAUAAAAAAGUGAUAAACCAAAAAAAAUGCAAUCUGUAAAAAUGAAGCAGAGUAAAAUUCAUCAGGUGUUCGACAGCUGGUAAACGCGUUUUCGACCACAAAAUCAACUAAACCACGUACUAGUAUGUAUGAACGUUAAAUAUUUUAUGUAGACAACGCUCGCUAAUUCGACUAAAGACGCUUCAUUUAGAAAUUCUACGCGCCAAAUUUGAAAUUAAUGCAUUUACUUAAGCAAACCAUCCAAAAAUGAGCUCAAGCUGUUAAAGUGCAGCGACACAAAAAUAGGAAUUAACGGAGUGCAAAAAAAAAAAAUAAAACAAAAAUGCAUUAAAAACCUUUAAAGAGCCAUAUUUAACUUUAAACCAAAUUUCAAACGUCCAAUCAAUACUCAAAAAAAAAAAACAAGAAACUAAUCAAAAAUUGGUUCUGUGUGUGCGAACUCAUAUCACCUGGCGACCGCAAACAUGGCCGAUUCGCCGAAAGAAUCCCUGCGACAGCCAACAAACCGCGAUUCACAAACGCGUCGCGAUAAACCACAAACGCUUAGUGGCAUCGAGGCCACCAAAGCGCUAAAUCUGCAAGCAACUGCAUCCGCCGCGGCAGACAAAAAUUUGACGGAAGUGCUAAGUGACACACAGCAAGCGGAAUUGGCAGCGAAUUUGGCGCGUAAUCGGGCGCGUUCGCGUACAGUCGGUAGUCGCGGCAUCGGUGAGUGUGGUAGCGGAAGUGGUGGUGGAGGUGUUGGUGUCGGUGUCGGUGGAACGAUGGAUGCGCGUGACGUGCGCAAGCAUUCAUGCGACGGUGUGGUAAGCAUUGGCGUUGGUGGUGGCAGCCACAGUGGCAGCGGUAACAACAGCAUUGUCGAUGGUGCAACGGGCGCUAAAUUUGGCAGUGGCAGCGGCAUCGACGAAUUUGCUGGAAGUGAUAGUACGCGGCGACGUGAAAGUCUCAACUAUGAAGAUACGAGCCCAUGUAGUCACAGCUUCAAUAAGGCAAUUUUCGGACGUACUGCACACAGCCGGACUGGCGUUGGUGGUGGCAUGACAAGGAAGUGUGUACUCACACUGGACGGGUACUCGUAUGUUAUAGUCGCCAGCACACCUGAGAGUAUACCAAAACGUGAACGUGACGAUCCACCCACCGGCGGCAGUAGUGGUACAGUUGGUGGUGGUGGCGCAACACCGAUUGGCUCAACAAGUGGCAGCCUAACAAGCGAUAGACGCUCAAAAUCAGAUAGUCCUACUGGCAGUAGUAGUGCGGCAUUAAUAGGCAGUGGUUUAGGUACAUUCACGAGUGAGGAAAUAAGCAACACAACAACAACUACAACAGCGCAUACAACAAAUAGCGGCACAGUUGAGAGCGUGACGAUCAAUGGUCAAAUUGGAAGGCACGGCUCACUCACCAUUGUACGACGUUCAAAUAGCCGCAAAAGCUUUAUACAACUGGACGCACAACAACAAAAUAUUCUCACAUCGCCAUCAACAGCCGCAACAACUCCUGUAGGUGGCCCUCCACAUCCCCAGCAACAAACACAACAACCAUUUACCGGCAUAACCGCCGAUUUAGCUGCCCAAUUACUUUGCAGCAGCGACAAAAGGGGUCAACAGGGAACAGCAUCAAGCAGUGACAAUCGCUCCAAAGAUAACAGCAAAAAUAGCAAUACUUGCGAUAGCCGUUUUGAAGUUGAAUCGAACGUUUCGGUUUCACCGAACGUAACAACCACCGGCAUCGCAAGCCAACAACAAUUAAGGCACAAUUUAGCAGCUGUUCGAGGAGUAGGUACACCUAGCACCGCUACUGUUGGCUUCAGUAGUAAUAAUAACGCCACCGCCGCCAUCAACAACAACAAUUCCGACAACAACGCCAGCAAUAAGUACAGUAGUAUCGCCGCCAAUACCGCCAAUAGCUGUAUAACCACCAGCAUCGUCACCAACAAAAUGCAAUCAUCACCACCGAGUUCACCAAAUACGGGCGAUAUUCGUGCGGCCAUGCGCGACAAUGGAGAAGAUGAACGCGCGUUGGAGGUGACAGCAGCAACGGUCGUUGCGGAUACGUCAGCAGCGAGCCUGGAUUUGGCAACUGAAAAUUUACCAGCUGUCGAUACACCGGACGCUUGCGAUAAGGCAGCCGUAAGAUUGCGCUGCUUAUUGCAUUUAAUAAAUACCGGCGAAAUUUCAAAUGACAUUUUGCAACGCAACCUUCAUUAUGCGGCACGCGUGCUCGAAGCUGUCUUUCUCGACGAGUCCAAACGCCUCGCCGACGAAGAUGACGAAUUAUCCGAGGUGCAACCAGAUGCUGUACCACCUGAGGUGCGUGAGUGGUUGGCCUCCACGUUUACGCGGCAAUCAGCGACUACACGCAGACGAAACGAUGAGAAGCCGAAAUUUCGUACUGUUGCCCAUGCAAUACGCGCUGGUAUAUUUGUGGAUCGAAUAUAUCGUAGCGUCUCGCGUACGGCGCUCAUGCAAUUUCCGCCUGAAGUUGUCCAAAUACUUAAGAACUUGGAUGACUGGUCAUUUGAUGUGUUCGCCCUAGCGGAAGCAGCUGGCGGCCAACCAAUCAAAUACCUCAGCUACGAUUUGCUCAAUCGCUAUGGCAUCAUACAUAAAUUCAAGAUAGCACCUGCCACAUUGGAAAUAUUUUUGAAUCGCGUCGAAGAGGGCUACUGCCGCUAUCGCAAUCCAUAUCACAACAACAUUCAUGCGGCCGAUGUUACCCAAACGACGCACUAUAUACUCUGCCAAACGGGUCUCAUGAAUUGGCUGACUGACUUGGAGAUCUUCGCCACUUUGCUUGCCGCGCUCAUACAUGAUUUUGAACAUACCGGCACCACGAACAACUUCCACGUAAUGUCCGGUUCGGAAAAGGCACUACUCUAUAAUGAUCGUGCCGUUUUGGAGAAUCAUCAUGUGAGCGCCGCUUUUCGUUUGCUCAAAGAGGACGAUUGCAAUAUACUGAACAAUUUAUCACGCGAAGAGUUUCGGGAAUUUCGUACACUCAUCAUUGACAUGGUGCUGGCCACCGAUAUGUCCUUCCAUUUUCAACAACUUAAGAAUAUGCGCAAUCUGCUGACGCUCAACGAAGCGUCGGUGGAUAAGUCCAAAGCGAUGGCAUUGGUACUACAUUGUUGUGAUAUUUCGCAUCCGGCAAAACGUUGGAAUCUCCACCAUCGCUGGACGAUGUUGUUAUUCGAAGAAUUCUUUCGACAGGGUGAUCUGGAGCGCGAACUUGGCCUGCCGUUUAGCCCGAUGUGUGAUCGUAACAAUAUACUAUUUCCAGAGUCACAAAUCGGUUUUAUUGAUUUCAUUGUGGAUCCCAGUCUAUCGGUUAUGUCCGAUAUGCUGGAAUAUGUGUUGACACCGUUAGCGCCAAUGUGCAAGACAACAAAUGCGAGUAUAGAUGCUGGCGAUGUGCCGGUUGAUGGUGCGUCGGCAAGCGCACGCAGUCGGUUAAGCUCAAGCAUCGACGAAGGCGGCACAUCAACAGCUACGCAACAGGAGGAGGGUAGCGGAAAGCCUGCUGGUGGAAAAGUGACGCCAAAGUUUAGUAUACGAAAACCAUGGCUCACUUGUCUCAAUGAUAAUAAAAAAAUCUGGAAAGAGCAGUCGCUUAAAGAGGAAGCCGCUCGCAACGAAAAAGCCGCUCAGAAAAAGGAUGGUGAUGAAGAGGAAUAAAUUCUGUAUAGUGCAUAAUUGAAUAUAUAAGAGCAACACCAUAAUUUGGAACUGAAUAGAGACUUACAUGUGUAAUAAGUAUGUCUGUUUAGAGAAAGUAGGGACAACAAAGAGAUAUAUUUAAAAGCACACACACACACUUUCACACAGACACAUUUAUUAAAUAUACAUACAUAUUUUACUUUAAUGGUUGAAAUUAUUAGUUUUAAAAGCUUAUAUCGAAAUCUUUUGAGAUUGUAAACAGCAAUUCGAGCGAUUGCUGUGCCGCAAGAAAAAAUAUUACAAAUAAAUAAAUAAACUAGAUUUUUAAUUAACUUCUGUAAGCCAAUAAAGCAUAAAUAUGUUAAUAUAAUUAUUAUUAAAAAUUCAAUUUAAAUUAAUUAAAACUCAACAUUUCUAUGUAUGUAGCGCAAACCGGCUAAAUAUUGACAAUUACUUAAGCAAAUAAACAAAUAUCAUUAAAAAAAACAGCAAACAAUAUUAAUAGAGGGAGAUGAAUAAUGAAAAAAUAUUUUAAGUUCACUUUUUUACAUAAAUCAAAUUACAAAAGAAUUACUGCUUAAUGAAAAUUUAAAUGAUUUUGCAAUGACAUUUAUGGACACGGCUGACAAAAGUAAGAACAACCGCAACAUAUACCAAUUAUAUACCAGAAUUUAAUAACUCUUGCAAUACAUAAAAGAGAAAAAGCUUGAAAGUGAAAUUUUGCAAAAACAAAUAGUGGUAAAAUAAAUCCAAUCAAUCAGCAACAAUGACAAACUUUAUUAAGCAUAUAUGUAGAAAUAAACAAACAAGCAUGCAUACAAUGUACAUAUAUAAUAAAGUUAGCUACACAUACAUACAUAUACAUAUAUUUAAUUUAGUGAAUGCUGUUAGCCAAAACAGCAUGCCAAAUAAAAUUAAAAGUGGUAACAAAAUUUAGUGCAAAGCAUACAUAUAGCAGUACAUAAAUUGAAAAUCUAAGUAAAAUAUGAUUAGAGCGCUGCACAUGCAUACAUAUGUACAUGAAAAGCUAUGUAAAUAUACAUACAUAUGUAUGUAUAUACAUAUUUAGGUGCAUAUGUACAAAUACACACAUAAAUAGUUUAUAAAUGUGUGCAUAUGUAUCACUUAUAUAAUUUUGAAGAUGUACAAUUGGCAAUAAGUUAAAGUUGUGUGUAAUUAAAAUUUUAGAAUUAAUAAAAACAAAUAUUGUUACAUUUAAUGUUUACUUUAUGAAUUGUUUAACUAAUCCAUAUGCAUUGUUGAAAGUCUCAAAUUUAAUUAUAAGCUAAAAUUACAAUAAAAUUUGCAAAAAUAACACAUAAAUUACUUUUAUUAUUUUUUAUGUUGACCUUCUGUUCUUUCUCGUUAUGUUUUUCAAAAGUUAUUUAAACCAACAAUAGUUACCAUAUUUGAUGUGUAAAUUGAAUAAAGCGCUGAUAGGUGUUGCGUACUUUAAAAUGCAUUUCAACAAUUUUGAUUGCAUAAGUACAAAAGGGCCAAUUUUAAAUCUAGAUUUCACUAUUGAAUUAUAUUGCAAUAACUGGAAAAAUUAAAAUUUUUCGUUCGCCAUACGAAAGAAACAAAUUGUAAGGAUCUAUCCCUCUAUUUCAAGCUCAUGUUGAGAAGAUGUCGGAGCCAUAAAAAAAUAUUUUUUUUGCCUCUAAAACGGUCGAUUUAUUUAGCUUGCUUAUUUCAACUGGGAGUUCGAUUUUUACUUUUAAUGUUUUUUGAGCUCCGGAGUCGAUUUCACAUAGUAGCUCAAUCAGCUAACCAGAUUUGUGCGAUCAUAAGAAAUGGGCGUUUCCAGCGGAAGGUCUACCGUGAAAAAAAAUAAAAGGCAUGUAUCUAAAUUAAUUAUAGUCCAA